CUUCCACUCAAACUCAAUCCUCUUCCCUACAAAAACCCUAAGGUGCCAAGAGUUUUCCGUACCCAGCGCUCAAAGAACUAAGAGUAUUAUUUCUUACUGUUCUCUCUAUCACUUCAUCACCAUCUCUCCAAACAACAGAAAUGGCCGGAAAGAUUGCCUGUUUUUUGGUUUUGUGCAUAGUGGCAGCUGCGCACAGCGUAGAAGCCCUAACUUGCACUGAGGUUGACGCAUACCUCAAAGAUUGUGUACCUUUCCUUACAAAAACUGGGCUUCUGGGAACCUGUUGCGAUGGCGUCAAGAAAUUAGAGGCCGUUGCCACCACCACAACUGACCGUCAAACUGCAUGCACUUGCCUAAAAGCUGCUGGUGAAACUAUCAUUGGACUUGAUUGGAGUAGAGUUGGUGAUCUUCCAAGUGCCUGUGGUGUCAAUCUUCCAUACACUGUCAGUGCUGACAUUGACUGUUCCAAGAUCGAGUAAGGAGGAGGAACAAUCUGAGUUUACAACCGCACAAUUUGGUAGUAUGCAAUAAUGAGGAGAAGAAGAAUAAGAGAUGGGAUUGUCUGCUUUGAUCUUAUUUACUUAUGGAUCCGUUUGUAUUUCGUCCCUUUUGUUUUCUUUUUUCCUCUUUGUGUGUGUCCUUUUUUGAGUCCUAAACGAGUGUAAUAAAUAAGCGGUUGUAUUACUAUUCCAUCUUGAUAGAACAUCUUUCAUGUUUAAUUACUA